ACUUGGCAGUCUUUCAACCCAAGGAACAAACAACCUCCCUCUGCGCUCGCGUCAAGAAGGUCAGCAGUCAUAUUUGACUUGACACGUCAGGGCCUCUCUCUUAAUAUAUUGUUUCCUCUCGUCUCUCUUCAGCGAGCGAUACGCAACUCCUCAGCGCGUUCAUUUCUAAACCCACGCCGAGCUUUCACUACGUCUCGUUCCUUUUCGCACGCGCUUUCGCCCGGCGCUCCUCCCUUGAUCGAUCGCAGAACUCUACGAAGCGGUAGUUAUUAGCUUAAUCUCUCGCUUGACCGAAUCCACACCCGUUUUCCGUACUCUAGUCGGCCAUCGAACGUAUUGCAAUAUCGCAACUUUACAGUCAACCUAAACCGCCCAUUCGCUUACCAUCGAUAUCUUCGCUUCUCCCCGAAAUCACUUUUCACCAUGUUUUUUCUUUAUAAUUUGGAGCGCAAGGUCACUUUGCACCCUUCUUUCAUGGGUCGCAACAUGCACGACCUCGUGACUGCGAAGCUCUUGAAGGAUGUUGAAGGCACAUGCGCUGGCAGCUACUUCAUCAUUUCCAUCAUGGACGCUUUCGAAAUCUCUGAAGGACGAAUUCUCCCCGGUCUUGGUAUGGCUGAAUUUACUGUCGGAUAUCGCGCCGUGGUGUGGCGGCCAUUCAAAGGCGAGACGGUCGAUGCAGUCGUACACUCUAUAAACCCACAGGGCUUCUUCGCUCAUGCAGGACCUCUGCAACUGUUUGUGUCAGCCCAUUUGAUCCCUAGUGAUGUGAAGUAUGAUCCCAAUGCGACACCACCUCAAUUCACAAACAACGAGGACACCUCUAUUGAGCCACAAACUCACGUUCGCGUCAAAAUCAUCGGUACUCGAACAGAGGUUGGAGAGAUGUGGGCCAUUGGUAGCAUCAAGGAGGAUUACUUGGGAUGCCUCCAAGCUUCUUAAGUUGACCGCGGUAUUGGACGGACUCGGAACCAGGAAAGCCGGAUCCCCUUAAAAAGGAUAUAAACAAAUAUGUGAUUCGACAACAGCAGCCAGCCCUUCAAUUACUGGAUGUAGCAACAAAAGCAACUCAUACAAACAUCUAUCAAUCACCGCAAUAAGGAGGGGGAAAAUUCCGCUGAAUUAACGACAAUAGAUCCAGCAGCAGACGGGUCGGAUGUUGAAGCCGAACAGCGACUGUUCCGGCCCACGUACAAUUAUUGGUAUACAAGGUGUCAAGAUCACGUUGAUCGCAAAAUUGAACAUAAUGGAUACAGUUUGCUAUAAAGAAAUUGAAUUCUUGUUUCUGUCAGACUUAGACAGCGAACAAAUAGACAAUUACACGCAAGUUUGCAGUUUGCAAAUAAGAUAAUAAAAGCACAGAUACCCGAUAA